AUGGUAGACAAUUACGAAAACGACCUGACCAAGUUUAUUGCCAUUAUAUUCCCAUUGAAGGCGCACAUGAUUUGCAGUCGGAAACGCAUCUUUCCCGUCAUCUUCAUCGUCUGGUUCUUCUCAUUCCUCAGUUCCUCACCAAUCAUCAUCUACAAUGUUCUCACACCUCCCAUGCCACCUUCCUUCGUUUCCAGGUGUCAAAUAAUUAUCCCUGGACAGUACGGAAUGGCACUGUAUAAGCUUCUUGAAAUGAUAAUAUUCUUCUUUUUUCCAGUCUUCUUGCAAAUUUUUCUUUAUGGUAUAGUAGCCAAAAAAUUGUACACUAGCUCGAUGGCGCUGCACAAAACACCUCGGAUCAUCAUAAACCCAGACCAACGUAAUCCGAGUUUUUCUCUAUUGAACAAAGCAACCACAUCCUUCACUAUGGCAACUCUGCCAAACGCCAAUUCAGCUGAUAGCAAGCACCGGUUGUCGGCAUUUGAACUCGCGAAGGCUCCAUCAGUGGGAUCCUUGAGCACUUCGAGCAACUGUAACUUUUCAACGACUUUUGGGAAAAAGAAAAAAAUUCCCGAAACAAUUAAAUCGAGGAAAGAAGUCAUAAAAAUGCUGGUUGCCAGCGUUCUCAUAUAUUUUUUCAGCUAUCUACCUCAACAGGUUCUGUCACUUCACAAAAUGGCAACUGGAAACGACUUAAAGGUUUCUUGGUCCUACUUCGUUUUUGCCAUGACACUCUCAUAUGUCAAUUCGGCUUCAAAUCCAGUACUCUACGCUAUUUUCAGUCAAAAGUUUAGAUCCAAGUUCAAACUCCUUCUGACGUGUAGAAAAGGUGUCACUACGUCAAACAACUGUGUGACCAACAUUCACAGCAUUAACACAACCAUAAGUAGAAGGAGUACAUCAGCUGGCUUGCCGAACGUGGCUUCUAAUACGAUGGGAUCUAAUAUGACAUUGGAUAAAAAUUAUUUUGCAAACGCUCAUUACGGACAGUCGGUUUCGACGGCACAGUAG